AUGACUUCCAAAUUUGUUCUCUUGGUUUUCCUUGGUGUUCUUAUUUGCACCACCACUGCAAGAAUGCUUGUUGGCUCAGAGGGUUCUUUAGAUGGAGAUAAAAAUUUCUCCCUUGGUCACGGGGAUCUAGGAGGGCUUGGUGGAGGUGGUGGUGGAGGUGGAGGAACGGAAGGUGGUUUUGGUUCUGGAGGAGGAAUGGGUGGUGGGAUUGGGGGUGGUGCUCAAGGAGGAGGUGGAGGGUUUGGUGGAGGUGGUGGUGGAGGAAUAGGUGGUAGUGGUUCUGGUUCUGGUUAUGGAGCAGGAUUUGGUGGUGGGAUGGGAAGUGGUUCUCAUGGAGGAGGUGGAGGGUUUGGAGGAGGUGGAGGAACAGAUUAA